CUUGUUUUUGGCUUGGUAGAAAAGAAAAAUUAGACCUACAACAAGAGGAAGAAGAAGAAUAGAGGGAAAAACACAAAAGUUUGGACAAAAUCAAAUCAAAACCAGAGAGACAGAGAUGGUGUUAUGGGAGGUGACACUAGCAACUGCGUAUUUCCUUGGAUUGAAGAAAACUUACAAACUUGCUCUUCAGCUUCAACGCCGUCUUAUUGGCCCUAAUCAUCCCAGGAUUCGAGAUUUUGCUUACAGGCGCACACGUGCUGUUUUUGACAUGGCUGUCACAGUUCAUAAGAAAGUACAGGAAAGGGACCUUGAAGUUGGUAGGAAUCUCGGAAACUGGAUCCUACGCUGGCUAGAUCGCAUGAAACCAUCGGCGCAGAUCCGUGCCAUUGGACCAGGUAAAGAGCCAUCAUCCACUGGUGGAAACCCAGCAAAACAUGUACCAAAGCAUGGCCAGCCACAACCUCCUAAGAGCAGUGGGACGUCCAGCUAUGGAAGUUCAGAUUCAAAGUCCAAAGGGAGAAGACUCUUUACCUCAUCAAUGAGCUUCCUGCCAAAAUCUCGCCCUACAUGGAUGAAGAGGAUUCAGCCAUAUAAUCCUAUCAGUUCAAGCACACAGUACAGGAAUCUCUCCACCUCUGCGCUCGGUAUGUCAACUAUAACCAAUGGGAUUAGCAGAAAGGAAGGAGUAAUUAGGAAGGAUUUAAUGCAGUGGAUGUUAAGAAACUGACAGAAGGUUAUAUUAUGCGGUGGAUGUUAAGAAACUGAUAGAAAAUUUUGAGGCUUUUAGUUUUCCAUAACCUGGUUUUUGUAUAUUCAUCUUGUUGGGUUCUGUCAAAUUCGAAGAUGAAGUACCCAAGUUGUUGUUAGAAGAAAGAAUAAUGUGUUUCAGUGAUAGUUGAAAUGGACCUAGAAGUACACUAUAUUUAUGAAAACAAAACUUUUGUGCAUCUCCUCUUUCAUCAAGUGACCAAUUUUCUGUUAUGGA